UGCUUAGUCAAUAUAUCGUGCAAGUUCCUCAAGUGCUUUAAUCAGAGCCAAAUGCAAAUGCAGUAUGAAAAUUGUACACCCGUACAUUCCCCCGUCCCGAUGGCAUCCCCGCUGCAUAAUAUGUGCACCCGCCAACCCAAAGAGAUUGAGAUGAACAGCCAUUCAGAAAGUUGUUCCAUCUCAACCGCAUGCGGACGGUUCGAUUCGGUGCACUCCCCCAUAGAUGACCACGAUGCCACGGACGAUGACAUGACAUUUUGCAUGUCAAACUACGCCAAGGAAGCGCUGAAGAUGAUGUUCAUGAUGCGCUCACACGGCAUGCUCACCGACGUCGUGCUGGAGGUAAAAAAGGAGCUCUUUCCCGCCCACAAAGUAGUGUUGUCCGCAGCAUCACCUUAUUUCAAAGCCAUGUUUACUGGUGGCCUAAAGGAGUCUGAGAUGUCGCGCGUGCAGCUUCAGGGGGUUUGUCCUACAGCAAUGUCCCGAAUUUUGUAUUUCAUGUACACCGGACAAAUUCGAGUAACCGAAGUGACCGUUUGCCAACUGCUGCCUGCAGCGACCAUGUUCCAAGUGCCAAAUGUAAUUGAUGCCUGCUGUGCCUUCCUAGAGCGACAACUAGACCCAACAAACGCCAUCGGCAUCGCAAACUUUGCGGAGCAGCACGGGUGUGUGGAGCUUCAAAAGAAAGCCAACGUAUUCAUUGAAAGGAAUUUCACUCAGGUCUGUCAAGAGGAAGAGUUUCUGCAACUUUCGGCAUAUCAACUCAUUGCCCUUAUUCGAAGAGAUGAGUUAAACGUGCAGGAGGAGCGCGAGGUUUACAAUGCUGUGCUUAAGUGGGUAAAGUACGACGAGGACAAUCGACACAGCAAGAUGGAACACAUACUGGGAGCCGUCCGAUGCCAGUUCCUAACGCCCAACUUCCUCAAGGAUCAAAUGAAGAACUGUGAUGUUUUACGCAGAGUUCCGGCGUGUCGCGAAUAUCUUGCGAAGAUCUUCAAAGACCUAACGUUGCACAAGUGCCCUGGAGUAAAGGAGCGUACACCGAACACGACGCGUAUGAUAUUUGUUGCGGGCGGUUUCUUCCGACAUUCUCUAGACAUUCUGGAGGCCUAUAAUGUGGACGAUAAGACCUGGACUACGCUGCCGAACUUGAGGAUUCCACGGUCCGGCCUCGGCGCAGCUUUUCUUAAGGGAAAGUUCUAUGCAGUUGGUGGUCGAAACAAUAACAUGUGCUCCUCCUACGACUCGGAUUGGGUGGAUCGCUAUAGUGCCAUAAGCGAGACUUGGCGUCCGUGUUCGCCAAUGUCCGUGCCGCGUCAUCGUGUGGGAGUUGCCGUUAUGGACGAGCUGAUGUAUGCGGUGGGUGGCUCUGCAGGCAUGGAGUAUCACAACACAGUAGAAUACUAUGACCCCGACCUCGAUCGAUGGACGCUUGUUCAACCAAUGCAUUCGAAACGCUUGGGUGUGGGCGUAGUAGUAGUCAAUCGCCUGCUUUAUGCGAUCGGCGGCUUCGAUGGUAACGAACGAUUGGCCAGCGUUGAAUGUUAUCAUCCAGAAAACAACGAGUGGAGUUUUUUACCGCCACUGCAAACUGGUCGCAGUGGAGCGGGUGUGGCCGCUAUUAACCAAUUCAUUUACGUAGUUGGUGGCUUUGACGGUACUCGCCAAUUGGCCACUGUGGAACGCUAUGAUACCGAAAAUGAGACCUGGGAUAUGGUUGCACCCAUACAAAUCGCACGCAGUGCACUCUCUCUUACCCCGCUCGAUGGAAAGCUGUACGCCAUCGGUGGUUUUGAUGGCAACAACUUUUUGUCCAUCGUUGAGGUAUACGAUCCCCGCACAAAUACAUGGGUGAAGGGUACGCCGCUGAAGUCGGGUCGAUCUGGUCAUGCCUCAGCUGUUAUUUACCAACCUGCAACCUGUGCCACUUCAUUUAUGGACUACGAGGAAAGCGAGAUGCCAAGGCGGGAUGGAAGCAACGACGAUACCGAUGGGGACUCAUCACGAGGUCCGUGUGGAAGCAGAAGUCCGCAGUUUGCAGAGAACACACCCAUGCAAUUUCACACGUCCUUUGGAAUGAGUGGUUGUCACAAUUGUGAGUCGGAAAUAGAAGUUAAACAAGUCGUUACUUCAGAAACGCAACACUAUCAAACUUCCGGUAUUGGCACACAGGAGCUGCGGAAACCAAUAUUCUGGGGGCCAAUACCACAGUGUAAAUCUCGAGGAAAUGCACCUUUACCUAUGACAGACCCUGGAGGCGCUACAAGAAUAUCCAGCAACAUACUUCCCAUCGGGGAUGAUAAGGCGCGAACAAGAUGCAUACUCAGUCCAGUAUGUACAGCAGCGAAAGCUAUACACAGCAGAAUUGAAUGGCGACUUCGUAAGCUCGCAGCAGCCACAUGACAGCUAUAAGACGAACCGCAUAGCCCCAACCAAAAUCAAUAUUCAUUGUACAAAGACUAAUUUGUAUCACUUAGAAUUCCAUUUUGAAAUGCAUUCCAUUGAAUCAUUAGUAUGUGAGGAUUCAGAUAUGUGGUUUGCACAAACACUACAUAUGUAUGUUGUAUGUCCCUUAAGUGAUAUUUAUGUUUUAUGGCAUCCAUAACAUUAACGGCGUAUGGCAGCCCAUUGUUCUAAGAUUGAUUAGGGUUAGUAACUUAGCUAUAAAACCGUAUUUGACAAAUUUUAAAAUCCACUAAUGAAAUGAUUGUUUUCAUUAUAUAAUA